CGGGCACCAGUGAAGAAAGUCCUAGAUAUUGUGAGCCUUCUGAAGUACUAUACAAGACAUCGAGUUUUAUAUUUUGACUUGUAUAUCAUGUUACUUUUUACCAUUAGGUAAAUUUUUUGUAAAAUGGAAGUGAGCUUUGCCUGCGCCUUGGGGACUAAAUUUUGGCCUGCAAGCUGCGUUUGAGCUCUCUGAAAAUCACCCCGCGUUCAGCCUUCUGUUCUUUUCCUCAACACAACACUCAAACAACGCAACCACCGCAUAUCAUCAUGGCGUGCAAGCAUGUAAACGCACCUGAGCUGCAUCCACCAGGCCCCUCACAGUCUGUCUAUCGAGAGGACUGCACCCAGUGCUUUGAUUCUAUCGACGAUCUCACUGGUCUCGACGUGUGCCUUUGCUGCUUCAACGGUGGUUGUACUGGUCCCAGGCAGCAUUCCGCUCUCCACUAUGUCCUCAGAAGCCAUCCUCUGGUCCUCAAUAUUCGCCGAACACGAAAGCAAGUGGUACGUGACGAGCCUCCACAAAAGAUAUCGAAGCUAGCUAUUGCGGCAGAGACCGAGGCAGACCGUUACGAUUAUGAGACGACCGUCAAAUGCUACGAUUGCAAUAUUGACAAUGUAGACAAAUCAAGUGGGAAGCUCUCAGCUGUUGUUGAUGGAGUCAUGAAGGCAAAUACAUUCUCAAGAAAAGAAGAGGUCAAGGCAUGGGAACUAGAGAUGACAAGCUGUGAGCAUAUUCUUCUGCUCCAGCAAGAACCCGCAAGAAAGAUCGAGUCUCAGCUUCUUGGACACUGUUCUCUCUGUGACCUUCAGGAGAACUUGUGGCUCUGUCUACAUUGUGGUAAUCUGGGCUGUGGCCGUGCUCAAUUCGGUGGCAUUCAGGGACAUGGUCAUGGACUAGAGCACAAGAACACAACAGGUCAUGCAGUAGCUGUGAAGCUCGGCUCGAUUUCUCCCGAAGGCACUGCGGAUGUGUUCUGCUAUGCUUGCGACGAGGAACGUGUUGAUGAGAACAUUGGGGCACAUCUCGCCAACUGGGGUAUCAUACUCGCAGAUCGUCAGAAGACAGAGAAGAGCUUGACCGAGAUGCAAGUAGAUCAGAACUUGAACUGGGAUUUCACGAUGACGGACGAGUCUGGACGAGAGUAUGAGAAGCUCUACGGUGAAGGCUUGACAGGAUUGAAAAACCUUGGUAAUAGCUGUUACUUGGCUAGUACGCUCCAAUGCCUCUUCUCUUUGCCCCAGUUCAAGAAGCGUUAUUACCUUCCUGAAUCUGACCUACCAACUGUUGAUGAUCCCGCACAAGACUUGGAAACUCAGAUGCGAAAGGUGGCUGAUGGUCUUCUUUCUGGUCGGUAUUCUAAGCCUGACCCGGAUGCUCAUUCACCAGAAGGAUCCAGCGAAAUCCCUUAUCAAAGAGGAUUAGCUCCAGCUAUGACCAAAUAUCUUAUUGGGAGAGGGCACGAGGAGUUUUCGACAAUGAGACAGCAGGAUGCUUUCGAAUUCCUUCUUCAUGUUUUCAAGCUCGUAACGCGAUCCAAGCAUGAAGCUCCUUUUCAAGACCCGACUCAAGCUUUCCGCUUUGUCAUGGAACAACGGUUACAAUGUCUAAACUGCAAGAAAGUACGAUACCGUACUGAUGAGCAAGACAACAUCUCAAUUCCAGUACCUAUCAAGAAAAUUUCUCAACUAGCUGAUGUUCUAGAGGCGGACAAGAAGGACGAGUAUGAACCAGUCACUUUGAAAGCAUGCUUAGACGGUUUCACGUCGACCGAAAUCGUCGAGCUCACCUGUGCCUCCUGCGGUAGCAAAGACGGCUUCUCAAAACGCUCUCUCUUCAAGACUUUUCCAGAGGUUCUCGCUGUCAAUGCCCGACGAUUCAAUAUCAUCAACUGGGUUCCUACGAAGGUUGACGUCCCCGUCGUUGUUGAUGACGAGCCCUUCCUUCUUGAUGAGUACAAGUCUCCCGGACAGCAACCAUCCGAAGAGCUUCUUCCUGAGGAUGCUAGCGACAAUAAGCCCUCUUUCGUAGCCAACGAGAAUGCCGUUCAGCAAUUGGAAGGCAUGGGUUUUCCUCGCAAUCGUGCCGAGAAAGCUCUUCAUGCUACUGGCAACUCGGACGCCAAUGCGGCUAUGGAAUGGCUCUUUAGUCACAUGGAAGAUCCUGAUAUCGAUGCUCCUCUCGACCUCGGUGGCGGCUCUACUGCAGCCAGCGGAAGUGCUGAUCCGGAGAAGAUCGAGACGCUUGGUGCGAUGGGUUUCGGGCCCCCACAAGCUCGGAAGGCUCUGAAGGAAACUGGGGGAGAUAUGGAGCGUGCUGUAGAGUGGCUAUUUAGCCAUCCGGACGACCAAGGAGAGUUCGAGGAUGAGGCACCUGCUGUUGCUGAAGGCGCCCCGAAGUAUGUCCCUGGAAGUAGUGAUUUGCCGGCAAAAUUCCAGCUUCAGUCCAUCAUUUGCCAUAAGGGAGCUAGUAUUCAUGCUGGUCACUACGUGGCAUUCAUUCGAAAGCUUCUUGAAGGCGAGAGUUCCCCGUCUUGGGUCCUUUACAACGAUGAAAAGGUCGUCAAAGCCAACGAUGUUGAGGAGAUGAAGAAAUUCGCAUACGUCUAUUUCUUCCAGCGUCAAUAAUCAUGGCAAAGCUGUAUCAGCAUUGGCGGGGUUGCGGGCGUACGUGAGGUAAUGGUGAUAGAUGGCAAAGUCGGUGACUAAAAGUGAUGCGGAAACAGUCAUUACUAAUAGCACGGCAAGGUAUAGCAUAGACAUAUGAAUCAGAUGAGAUGAGCAAUGCAUUCAUG